ACCCUUCUGCGCAUAUGGGAUGUGUUUCUUUUGGAGGGUGAAAAGGUCCUCUUUCGCAUAGCCAUUGCACUUCUCAUCCAACAACAGGACGUCCUCCUACGACAAACCGACACUCUGGCCUUUUGGAAGAGCAUGAAGGUGGCUGUGGGCCUUGUCUAUGAUCACGAGAAGCUUCUCAGUGUAAGUUUGCGCAAAGGACCGUAG